ACCAGGAUAAGGCUGGUGGGCGGAGCUUCGGUGCGGUUACUUUGUGUCUGGAUUUCCUGGAGAAGAAACGAUGUGGAGCCGAGUGAUUGGGGUGUUUGGUUCCUUUCUCAGGUCGCUGGUUGACUUCAUUCUGAACCUACUUCGGCUCAAGGUUAAGAGUCCACCAAUCACACUUGAGGACCCAAAUAUCAAGUAUCCACUGAGGCUGAUUGAUAGAGAGGUUGUUUCCCAUGACACUCGGAGAUUCCGCUUUGCACUUCCUUCUCCAGAACAUGUUUUGGGUUUGCCAAUCGGGCAACAUAUCUACUUAUCAGCAAAGAUCAACGGGGAACUUGUUGUAAGGCCAUACACACCUGUCUCCAGUGACGAUGAUAAGGGCUUUGUGGAGUUGGUUGUCAAGAUUUAUUUUAAAGACGUUCACCCCAAGUUUUCCAAAGGGGGUAAGAUGUCCCAGUACCUGGACAGUUUGAGACUGCAAGACGUGAUUGACUUCAGGGGACCCAGUGGUUUGCUUAUCUACAAGGGAAAAGGACAGUUUGCUAUUCGCCCCGAUAAGAAAUCUGAAGCCAAGAUUAAAACAGUGAAAAAAGUUGGAAUGAUUGCUGGUGGAACUGGUAUAACUCCCAUGCUGCAGCUGAUCAGAGCGAUCGUGAAGAAUCCGGAUGAUCACACGAUCUGUUACUUGUUGUUUGCCAACCAGACUGAGAAGGACAUUCUUUUGCAAUCUGAGUUGGAAGAAAUCGAGGCUGAGCAUCCUCACCGUGUUAUAAUAUGGUACACCUUGGACAGAGCACCUGAAGGCUGGAAAUACAGUGAGGGAUUUGUGAAUGAACAGAUGAUCAAGGAACACCUCCCUGCACCUGCUGACGAUGUGCUUAUCCUGCUGUGUGGUCCCCCACCAAUGAUACAGUUUGCAUGCAACCCAAGCCUUGACAGUCUGGGGUAUAGUUCAGGCUCUCGCUUUACGUACUGAGAGGGUGGGAGAGAGAGUAUAAAGGCACAGGAAUCUAGACAAAGAUUAAUGGUGAGGAUUCCUGUUCAAACAGGGUACCACUUUACGCAAGCUAUCUGGUUGAUCUUAAGUAAUGUGCUGCCAACAUUAUGCUCUUGUAUUUCAGUUUUGCAGCUGUAAUGUAUGCUUUUGUAUUAUGAGGCAGCCACAGGGGUAAAAUGUCUUCUGAACUGCUCCUAUUCCUUCACUGUAACUGCGUGAGACAGUUUUGGAUGCAGUUCUGGCUGAUAUUGGCUGAGCAAUUCUGAGCAAAUUGAAGUGCCUUUUUUGCUUUGCUCUGUGCUUGCAGCGUUAGAAGCUUGCAUAUCGUACAUGCUUGCAAUGUCACAGUGAUGAAGCCGAGGUGGUGCAGGUGAUGUUGUAAGAGGAUGGUGUUUUGAAUUUGUACACGAGAGCAAUGGUGUGUGUAUAUAAAGAAGCUGACACCAGUUAAUACAUGGGCACAACCCUUUGAAUUCCAAAAAUGAUGGCAGGCUCAGAUGAACUGAUUAUGCAGAAGAGAAAGGAUUACUGUGGAUGGUUUUAAAAUCUCGCCAAUCAUUAAGUUAUUUCUGUAUUGUGUAAAGGAUCUCUGAAAAGUUUUUAAAUAAACCCCAGCAUAACUUUCAGCUAUUUGGCAA